CUACAGUGUAUAAAUAUUAAAUAGAUACUAAAAAUGAAGAGAUGGGUGUUGGAUGCCUCGUUUGUUAGAAUCGAUCAUGAUAAUUGGCCGAUGCCACGUCAUGAAUAGAUACUGCCUGGCACGGCUGGCGGCCUGUUCACUUGCCUGCGUGCCUCAUGAGCGGCAGAGUCCAACAACUUGCAAAAACCACGUAUCAUCAUCUGUUAGACCUUGUCCAUUCAAGGUAAGCCUUACUUUCACAUAAGCCAGAGGAAUCAUAUUUGUAUUAUUCGCAGUGAACCGUCCAUCUUUACUAUACGGUCUUGAGUUACGAGUACUAUCUCAGUCGCAAUGGCUCUCAUUCCGCCAGCCGACCUGCAGUCUUUCGCAGAUCAUCUCUCAAAGAGCACCAGAAUCCUUGCGCUUCUCGGUGCUGGACUCUCGGCUGCAUCUGGACUACCCACAUUCAGAGGCGCUGGAGGAAUGUGGCGCGCCUUCGACGCUACUUCUCUAGCGACGCCUGAAGCAUUUGAAGAGGACUCAGGACUAGUAUGGCAAUUCUACAGCUACCGCAGACACAUGGCCGUCAACGCGAAACCAAACCGAGCACAUUACGCGCUGGCCGAGUUAGCGAAAAAGAAUGAGAAUUUUAUUACGUUGAGUCAGAAUGUUGAUGGUCUAUCGCCUCGUGCUGGCCACCCAUCUGAGCAGUUGCACCUUCUUCACGGGUCGUUAUUUGAUAUUAGAUGCACAUCCUUUUACUGUAAUUAUUCGAGAAAGGAUGACUUCACAGAUCCCAUUGUCCCAGCUCUCGCAAUCCCCACUGAAGGCGCGCACCCUGACCCUUCAACGACGGAUAAGACAGGCGAGGAGGCUACAAAAGCGCUGUAUGACGCAAUGCAAGCGCAGCCGCAAAGGGGGAGGGAGUUGGACAUUGCAGAUCCCAAUGUGCCCAUUCCCAAACUCACGGCUGACGAGCUACCUAAAUGCCCCCAAUGCAGCGGAUUGCUUCGACCCGGCGUCAUUUGGUUUGGAGAAGCUCUACCGCAAGCAACUAUACAGACGGUCAAUAGCUGGAUAAGAGAUUCGCCCAAAAUAGACCUGAUCCUGGUUAUAGGCACAAGCUCCCAAGUAUAUCCUGCAGCGGGCUAUGUGCAUACCGCGCGAGAAAAGGGCGCUCGGGUGGCUGUGAUUGAUAUGGAUCAGAAUAAUGUUCUUAAGAAAAGCCUGACACCAAAUGACUGGUUCUUCCAGGGCGAUGCUGGGGAAAUCGUGCCUAAGCUACUGGAGAGCGUAAUUGGAGAAAUAUAACAUGACAUUGAUGCUGGUGUGAAUUGAUAGCAGUUACUCAUCGAUUAUUCGACAACGAAUUUUUACACGUCUAUAUGGAAAUUGGAUAUUUUAUUAUCAAAUUACAGGUCUGAG